AAUGCGGGUCAUCCUUCUCCUUGCCUUCCUAAUAUCCUUAACAGAAUGUCAAUGGACAUCAGAAGAUUUGGCUCUAUAUGAUUUAGUGGAAGAAGUCGGAGUUAAUUUCUACGAGUGGUUCGAUAUUCCACGAGAUGCCUCGUCGAAUCAAGUAAAGAAAGCAUAUCGAAAAUUGACACUUGAAUGGCAUCCGGAUAGGAAUUCUGCGCCUGAUGCUACGGAAAAGUUUCGUCAAGUUGCUGGAAUCUAUGAAGUUUUGAAGACUACAGAACUUCGUGAAAAAUAUGAUAAUGUUCUGGAAAAUGGGUUACCUUCGUGGAGGCAUCCUAUGUAUUACUAUAGACGAAUGCGAAAACUUGCAUGGUAUGAAGGAAUCCUUGUGCUUCUUUUUAUCGGAACUAUCGCUCAUUACCUGAUGAUGUGGGCGGCAUAUUUCGAGAAAACUCUUGUCUACAAACAAAAUGUGAAAAAAUCGCGAAAAUCGAAAAAAGAAGAUCCAGCGGAAGCAGAAAAAUUGAUGAAACAAGCACUUGAAGAGUAUCUUCCAAAAUAUUCAGAACUUCUUCCAAUUAUUCUUGCUAGAGGUACAGUAACCCUCUUCAAAAACUUGGCAUUGACUGCUAAAGAUGCUAUGACACCUAAAGAAGUUGAACCUGAAGAACCAACAGAAGAGGAGUUGGCUCAACAGAGAAGGCAACAAAGAGCAGCAGCGGCACCCCAGCAACUAGAGUUUAAAUUUGAAGUGGCUCAAGGUAUGAAAGCAGUUUCCACAAAUGAUCCUGAGAUGGAGAAAAAGUAUGCAGCAGAAAAUGAAGUUGUAGCACAGAAACAAUCUGGAGCAACAUGGACGCCUGAUGAAUUAGCUAGUCUGGUUCGACUGAGCACUGAAAAAUACCCGGCUGGAACACCGAAUCGUUGGGAACAAAUGGGUCGAGUUUUGAAUAGAAGUGCAGAAGACGUUAUUGCAAUGGCUGGAAAAAUGAAACAGAUGAAGCAAGAGGAUUAUACGAAAUUGUUGAUGACAACUAUUCAACAAUCAGUACCAGUUGAAGAGAAAUCAGAAGAUGAUUGGAGUCAAGCUGAGCAGAAGGCUUUUGAAACCGCAUUGCAGAAAUAUCCAAAGGGAACUGAUGAAAGGUGGGAAAGAAUCUCCGAAGAAAUUGGAAGCAAAACGAAGAAACAAGUGAUGGUCAGAUUCAAGCAAUUGGCUGAGAUGAUUCGAAAAAAGAAAACCAAUGAUACCUAGUUUUGUCAUAAUAUUUAUUCCGUUUUUUUGUUGGUCGGGUUUGAUGAAAUUCCAAAAUUUAUUGUUUUAGACGCGUUUUAAAUAUUUAUUUAUUUAUUAAAUUUUUAUUAAUAAAUUGAUGAUAAUAAA